CUUCACUUCAAUUUCGUCACAACAAAAACAAAACAAAUAAAUAAAAAGAAGCGGUUAUGGAGAAGAACUCCGUGAGAUCUGAUCAUCAAUACAAUCGGAGCAGCCAGAAGGCCGCCAUCGAAGAGGAUAGAAGCGAGAUUUCAGUUAUGGAUCUGAGGAAAAGCACUACGCCUAAGGCCGCCUCCGCCGUCGCCUCAAAGAAGCCGGCGGACGCCGCCGUGAAGAAGGCGGUUGCGCCACCGGCAAAGAAGCUGGAACGAAAGCCGACGACGGAAGAUAUAAACCAAAGCGCGGAAGCAUUCAUCCAAAAGUUUAAGCAUCAGCUGCUCCUUCAGAGGCUCGAGUCCAUUGAGAACUACGAACAAAUGCUUAGGAGAGGAACAUGAUAGACACAUACAUACUUAUAUGCAUAUAUAUACAGGUAUUUCCUAUGGUGUGAAUUGGCAUCGGUGAGUAAUAUAUGAGUAUUAUGAAUUUGUGAUAAUGAUACUUAUUAUAUUUAAAUAUACUAUAUAUGGUUAUAUUUGUUAUUAUGAACACCGAUGCAAUGAAUAUCAUAUAAAAAUCCUAUGGAUAUGCGUGUGAGAUAACACCUUAUUUAUUUUAUUGUAUUUUAAGAUUAUUACGUUGAAUUAUGUCUUCUUAAUAUUGAAUAGUUUUGUAAUAAAAGCAAUUAUCAUCUAUUAUCAC